AGCCGAACCCCGCCGCGUACACCCCGGUGCCGCCCGGCCGGCUGCUGCGGAGGGAACCGGAGCCGCCGGGCGGCCGGGGCCGGGCCGAGGACAACGAAGAGGAGGCGGCCGGCAGAGCCGAGCGCCCGGGUAGCCCCGCGCGGGAGGCCCCCGGGACCGCGUCUGCUUCGGGGCCGCACUCCGUGCGCCUCUCGCGGAUUCCCUAUAAGGAGCGCCUGCUGGUGUGCCAGACCUACCGGGGGCUGUCUACCCGACUGCCCCAGACUCCGGCAACGGGCCCCCCCGAUGGCAGUGGGCACCUCCCUGUGAAACCUGCCAAGCUGGACGCCACAGCUCCGCACGACGACACUUUGGCCAACUCUGUGCCCCCUUUGGAGGCGUGCAACCAUGCAGUCCUAGCCUGCAGCCCGGGCAUCCCUGAGGAGCACUAUGUAAGCGAGGCUGUGGAAGAUGCUCCCAGCUGCAGAGGGUACCGGGAUGCCUGCACCAUCACCGACGUGUGCAACAGCACUAACCUUCCGGAAGUCGAGAUCAUCAGCCUGCUGGAGGAGCAGCUGCCCCAUUAUAAGUUAAGAGCCGACACCAUCUACGGUUAUGACCACGACGACUGGCUCCAUACACCCCUCAUUUCUCCAGAUGCCAACAUCGACCUCACAACCGAGCAAAUCGAAGAGACGCUGAAGUACUUCCUUUUAUGUGCUGAAAGAGUUGGCCAGAUGACUAAGACGUAUAAUGACAUAGAUGCUGUCACUCGGCUUCUUGAAGAGAAAGAGCGGGAUUUAGAACUGGCUGCUCGGAUUGGCCAGUCGUUGUUGAAGAAGAACAAGACACUGACGGAGAGGAAUGAGUUGCUGGAGGAGCAGGUGGAGCACAUCAGGGAGGAGGUGUCUCAACUCCGGCAUGAGCUGUCCAUGAAGGAUGAGCUGCUUCAGUUCUACACCAGCGCCGCGGAGGAGAGCGAGCCCGAGUCUGUGUGCUCCACCCCGUUGAAGAGGAAUGAGUCAUCCUCCUCCGUCCAGAAUUACUUCCAUCUGGAUUCUCUUCAGAAGAAGCUGAAGGACCUCGAAGAGGAGAACGUCGUACUUCGAUCGGAGGCCUGCCAGCUGAAGACGGAGACCAUCACCUACGAAGAGAAGGAACAGCAGCUGGUCAACGACUGCGUGAAGGAGCUGAGGGAUGCCAAUGUGCAGAUUGCCAGUAUCUCAGAGGAGCUGGCUAAGAAGACCGAGGAUGCUGCCCGCCAGCAAGAGGAGAUCACACACCUGCUGUCGCAGAUAGUUGACUUGCAGAAGAAGGCAAAAGCUUGUGCGGUGGAAAAUGAAGAGCUGGUCCAGCACCUGGGGGCUGCUAAGGAUGCCCAGCGGCAGCUCACGGCGGAGCUGCGAGAGCUGGAGGACAAGUACGCAGAGUGCAUGGAGAUGCUUCAUGAGGCGCAGGAAGAGCUCAAGAACCUCCGGAACAAGACCAUGCCCAACACCGCAUCACGGCGCUACCACUCGCUCGGUCUGUUCCCCAUGGACUCCUUGGCAGCAGAGAUUGAGGGAACGAUGCGCAAGGAGCUGCAGUUGGAAGAACCUGAGUCUCCAGAUAUCGCUCACCAGAAGCGAGUCUUUGAGACGGUGAGAAACAUCAACCAGGUCGUCAAGCAGAGGUCUCUGACCCCGUCCCCCAUGAACAUCCCCGGCUCCAACCAGUCCUCAGCUGUGAACUCCCUCCUGUCCAGCUGCGUCAGCACCCCCCGGUCCAGCUUCUACGGCAGUGACGUUGGCAAUGUCGUCCUGGACAACAAGACCAACAGCAUCAUCCUGGAAGCAGAGUCAGCUGACCUGGGGAAUGCCGAGCGGAGCAAGAAGCCCGGGACGCCGGGCACCCCGGGCUCCCACGACCUGGAGACGGCACUGCGGCGGCUGUCCCUCCGCCGGGAGAACUACCUGUCGGAGCGGAGGUUCUUCGAGGAGGAGCAGGAGCGGAAGCUCAGGGAGCUGGCAGAGAAGGGCGAGCUGCUCAGCGGCUCCCUCACGCCCACGGAGAGCAUCAUGUCCCUCGGCACCCACUCGCGCUUCUCCGAGUUCACCGGCUUCUCGGGCAUGUCCUUCAGCAGCCGUUCCUACCUGCCCGAGAAACUCCAGAUCGUGAAGCCGCUGGAAGGCUCUGCCACCCUUCACCACUGGCAGCAGCUGGCCCAGCCCCACCUCGGGGGCAUCCUGGACCCCCGGCCCGGGGUGGUCACCAAGGGCUUCCGGACACUGGACGUUGACCUGGACGAAGUGUACUGCCUUAACGACUUUGAGGAAGAUGACACAGGGAAGCACCGCAGCAGCCCGGCGGGCAAUGGUGACACGCAGAGAGCUGGCGGGGCCAGGAGUCCCAGUGCGCACCACCCUGGGAAGUGCAUGUCACAGACCAACUCCACCUUCACCUUCACCACAUGCCGCAUCCUGCAUCCUUCAGACGAGCUCACGCGGGUCACGCCAAGCCUUAACUCGGCUCCAACUCCAGCUUGUGGCAGCGCCAGCCACUUGAAGUCCACGCCGGUGGCCACCCCGUGCACUCCACGGAGACUGAGCCUGGCUGAAUCCUUCACUAACAUCCGUGAGUCCACGACCACCAUGAGCACGUCUCUGGGGCUGGUGUGGCUGCUGAAGGAGCGGGGCAUUUCCGCGGCUGUGUACGAUCCUCAGAGUUGGGACAGGGCCGGCCGGGGCUCCCUCCUGCACUCCUACACCCCCAGGAUGGCUGUGAUCCCCUCCACCCCACCCAACUCGCCUAUGCAGACGCCCACGUCCUCCCUGCCCUCCUUUGAGUUCAAGUGCACGAGCCCUCCCUAUGACAACUUCCUGGCCUCCAAGCCGGCCAGCUCCAUCCUGAGGGAAGUGAGGGAGAAGAAGAACGUCCGGAGCAGUGAGAGCCAGACAGACGUGUCUGUCUCCAACCUCAACCUCGUGGACAAAGUCAGGAGGUUUGGCGUGGCCAAAGUGGUGAACUCAGGGCGAGCCCACGUCCCCGCCUUGACUGAGGAUCAGGGACCUCUCCUCUGUGGGCCCGCGGGCCCCGCCCAGGCCCUCGUCCCUGGCGGCCUGGGCCCCGAGGGCCUGCCCUUCGGAUGCCCCACUGUCACCAGUGCCAUGGGCGGACUGCAGCUCAACGGCGGCAUCCGGAGGAACCGCAGCUUCCCCACCAUGGUGGGGUCCAGCAUGCAGAUGAAAGCCCCUGUGACUCUCACCUCGGGCAUCUUGAUGGGUGCUAAGCUCCCCAAACAAACUAGCUUACGGUGAGGAGGGGAGGAGGGCCCUUCCCCUGGAGGAGACCAGGCUUGCUCCUGCCUCCCUCUCUUCCCCGCCCCUGCCCCCCCUCACUGUGCACUCCCUCUUUCCUCCUCCGUCCCUCCCCUCUGGAGCUAGACAAAUCAACCUCGUGCCUAAUGGGGGAAGAGUGGAGACUUUGUAAAGUGUACAUAGGACUUGCAGACCUUGUAUCCACCUGCCCUUUCUCCCGAUCGGGCGGGAGGGGCCGCAGCACCGUCCCUGCUCUCACCGGGACUGUACCUGUGCUAGCCCGAGGGCAGGGCAGUGGCCAGUGUCCUGUUCGCCUCCUCCUCUCCUUCGAGAAGCACUGAAACUCCCAAGGGCGUUCUUAUCCCAUGGAUAGGAAACCCGUGAAUCCGCCGCUGGCUCCCGGUGCCGCACGUGGUGAGCUGGCGCGCGGCCUCUGCCGGCCCGUGUCGCUGGGCGGGAACAGCGGGAGCCUUCAUGUGCGGCCACUGCGGCCACGAGCAGCGGAUGUUGCUUCCGGGAUGGCAGGGCUGUUCUUCCUUCUCUGCCUCCAGACCUUCACUCCUCUGCUUCAGUGGAGAGUCGCUUCUUUUCUGAGGUGUGACUUUUUCUUUCCAUGCCUUCAACCCGAAUCACCCUUCGAUGUCCUGUCCCCUGUCGUCAGGCCAGACGUGUGGCCUGAAAGAAUGUAGCGACACUCCCGCUGUGUUCUGUGUGAGGUCUUAUUUUCUCCAUUUUUUUAUAGGCAGGGAAGUAAUGGUACUAGAUGGAAAGUCGCAGUCUGUUCUCUCUGUGGCUCUGGGCCACGGAAAUAGGUUCAUGCACGCCCAGUGGCUAGUGAGAUAGCAGUGGAGUUUGGGGACCUGGGGUCACAAACCAAAUUAAGACCAGACCCAAGACAAUUUUCACAAUAGGAUGAAAAGGAACGGGCUGGGGGCGGGGUAGGGGAAAAGGGCUGGAUGGAAUGUCUCAGCGGGAAAAGUAAAAAGAACCACCCACCUAAUGCAAUACCAAACUGGUUCACGAGAGCAACGUGGCUUGGGCAUCCUGUUGGUUCCGGUCCUCACUGUGGCGUCGGAGGCUGGCCCGUGUGCUGGCACGGACGUGGUCUUUACGCACACAGUCGGUGCCCCCGCACCUUGCCCUCGUGUUUCAGGACAGAGUGGUCACAAGAAGAUCUUUUCCCCCACCCACCCCCCCCCAAAACCUUGGUCUCCGUGUGCCCACUCUUUAUCCCUAGGAAAUCAGAUAGAGGUACUCGUGGCAAGAACCAGAAAUGAACAGGGGAGCCUGGUCCUGUUGCUGUCUCUGACCAUUUUGAACUUUUAUUUAUUAUGUGUGUGUGUGUGCUGUUCUCUCCAGCCCUGGUCACAGUGUGUCUGUGGCCUUCCACUCCAAGCAGGUAACUUCUUAUUUAUUCCCACCUGAGGGCUGCACUGCCCGGCACAGUGCUCCCUGGUCCUUUGUUCCGGGUGACAUCAUAUGCAGAUGAAAUGGUCACAUUGCCAUCCCUGUUCCCCGACCCCCCCCCCCCCGCAAAAAUGUGUCCAGCUGAGUGUAAACAUGCCCACUGAAGACUCCUUGAGAAUGUCUCAAAGGAGCAAACUUCAGUCCCACCCUUUUAGAUUAUUUAUUCUCAGAACACGAGGGGGUUGGUUCAUUAUUUUCAGCUCCCCUUUGUGGUUGUAUGUGUGCACUCACUGCAAGGAAAUUCUUUGUAUUUGAAUGUAUUUUAAGGCAGUAGGUAGAAUAACAAAGGAAUAUGGAAACCAUGAACUGAACGGACCACUAUAUGUAUUCAGAGAGGAGCCACCCAUCACCACAAAGGAAAUACCAGUGUAAAAAUCAGCAAUUCGGAGGUUGCAGUAUUUAGUAUAGUUCAUGAUCAACCUUGUUCAGCCACUACCAAUAGCGUGUGUUGUCAUGCAUCAAAAAAACCAAUACAAUUUUAUUCUCUAAUGAAUAUCAAUAAAAGAAGUUCAAGUGAUGGAAACCAC